CGCGCUCCGCCGAGGCGAGGAGGGAGCGAUGGCGACGCGGUGCCUGUUGGAGGCCGCCAGAGAGUGGGGCGGUCGCCACCUCACCGCCCUCGGCAGGGGCCGGGGCUAUGCCAAGAAACCGGUGGUGAAGGUAGGAAAAAGUAAAGGUAUGGUCCUGGAGAGGCUCCGCGACCCGCCAGUCUGCAAGGACCCAGCCCUGCUUACCACACAUGCCAUGGGAGUCAACAUCUUCAAGCAGGGCCCAGAAGUAGCUCUCAAGCCAGAUUCUGAGUACCCUGAGUGGCUGUUCCAGGUGGACCUGGGGCCCCCCAAGAAGCUGGAGGAGCUGGAUCCGGAAACCAAAUACUACUGGAGGCGCCUGAGGAAAGAAAACAUCUGGCGACACAACAGGCUGAGCAAGAACAAGAAGUUCUGAGGGGGUGUGGGAAGGGUAGCGGGGCAGCCGUGGACCCCAGACUGCCGGCCGCUCGGCCACGUGAGGGGCCCGAUCCUACAAAUAAAGGUAAUUCCCCGA